AUGUCGUUUUUCUCUCCAGCAACCAUCACUGCUUUGAUUCAAAGCCAAACCGACAAUGCUGCCAUCGGCACUGGGUUGAUUCCUUUAUUAAAAAUGACCAAGGAAAAGUAUGGUACCGUCCCAGCUUACUUGGAAAAGGCCGUCCAAGCCAUCUUGCCUGCUACUUUUGGUGGCUACCCAACCUCGGCUGACAUUGCCCCAAGUGCAGUGUUCCUCGCAGUGUUUAUCGUCUUGACCGCCGGCCACUGUUAUGUGUUUGCCAAAAACUGGUCCAGAGGCCAUCGUUUUUACGUGUCGCUCGCCGUCAUCCUUUACGGGUUCAUGAACUGGAUUGGUUACGCCCUUAGAAUCUCUUGGGCCCAGAAUAUGCAAAGAGUCCAUACCGGGUUGGCCAGUACCGUGUUGCUUUUGUGUAGUACCGUGUUGUUGGCCGGGACUAACUUGGUGUUGGCCCAAAGAAUUUACACUUGGAGACACCCAAAGAUUGGAUCUUCCAAGGUUUUCGAAUACGGAAUGUACUUUAUUUACUUCCUUGUCCUUGGAACCAUCAUCAUGGGGGUUGUCUCUGGGGUUGUCCCAUACUUGUACUUUUUAAGUGAAGAACGUUUCAACAUGUGCAAGAAGGUUGCCAGAGCUGCUGGUUUGUUGACCGUCCUUUACUCUUUUGGCGCGGUUGGUUUGUUGAUUUUGGCAUUUGUCCAUCCUCCAAAACAAAAGGACCCUAACUUUGCCGUUUACCAACCAUGGUGGAUCCAAUCUUUUGGUAUUUGCUACUUUGUUCCAAAAGGUUCUGCCAAGAUUGCCAGAGACACUUUUGUCGAAAGACCAGACCACCACAAGAAGGCUGUCAGAGUCAUUGCCAGUACCACCCAACAUUACACCACCGUUGAAGAAAUCAAGACUUUGGAAGAAGAAGCUGCCCCAAGCUUGCACCACAACUGGAGUAUUUUGAUUAUUUGCUUGACCACCGUGUUGUUGUUGAUUUCUUCUUGUUUCAGAUGCGCUUCUCUUUUCAUUGACAAGCAAGUGUAUGAACAAACCUUUAUUUUCAAGCCAGUGGUUUUGUACUGUACCCACGGGCUUUUGGAAUUCUUGGUUUUGGUUUUGUACUUGGUUACCAGAAUCGAUCUUAGAUUUUACAAGCCAGACCAUUUAAAAAUGGGUGCUACUACCGUUGCCACCACUUCUGACGAUACCAACAACUCCAACAACUCUUCUUAUGAAAAAGAAGUCGAUGCUGUUUCAACCAACAGACCAACCGAAGCCGCUGUUUCUGAAGCCCCAGCUGCUGCUGAAGAAGAAGUCAACAAGGUUGGAACUCCAGUUGAAGAAAAGGCUUAA